AUGCAAAGUGUCUUAAAUGUACCUGUCAGAUAAUUGGCUUCAUAGGGUGUAAGCAAUGCAAUCAGACAAUCUCUGAAGGUUUAUAGUCCUUGACUGUCUUGUAUGAUGCGGGCUGUUCCCACUUGGGUAGAUAAGGUUCAUGACCGCGAUCGCAAUGAGCAAUGCAUCUAUGACUUGUGUUUCCGACCGGAUGGUUCCCAAUUGGUUGUGGCGGCGGGUCAACGAGUAUUAGUCUAUGACACCGCAGAUGGGACCUUGAUCCAGCCUUUGAAAGGGCACAAGGACAAUGUGUAUUGCGUGGCGUAUGCCAAAGACGGAAAACGCUUUGCUUCCGGCGGUGCGGACAAAUGUGUCAUCAUUUGGACCAGCAAGCUGGAGGGUAUCCUGAAGUAUUCCCACAACGAUGCAGUUCAAUGUCUUUGUUAUAAUCCUAUUACUCAUCAAUUGGCAUCUUGCGCUCACAGCGAUUUUGGCCUUUGGUCUGGCGAGCAGAAAUCGGUUCAAAAGCACAAAGUUCCAGCUCGAGUGAAUUGUUGCUCUUGGACCAAUGAUGGGCAGUACAUCGCUUUGGGCUUGGGUAAUGGUGUGGUGUCGAUCCGGGGCAAAGCCGGAGAGGAGAAGAUCCGGAUUGAACGACCCAAUGGGCCGCAAAGUGCGAUUUGGGCUCUGGAAUGGAAUCCGUCCUCGGAGGAGUCCUAUGAUAUUUUGUGCGUCACGGACUGGGGCCAAAGUGUCUCGUUCUACUCUUUAUCUGGCAAGCAAGUCAGUAAAGAGAGGGCCUUGGGCUUCGACCCUUGUUGUGUGUCUUACUUUUCUAAAGGAGAGUAUCUCAUGAUAGGGGGGUCCAACAAGGGGUGUAUUCUCUAUACUCGCGAUGGGGUCAAAUUGGGAUCGGUGGGAGAGCAGAGCUCGUGGAUUUGGUGUUGUGCGGCCAAGCCGGAUUCCAGUUUUAUUGUAUUGGGCUGUCAAGAUGGCACGAUUGCCUACUACCAAUUGAUUUUCAGUACCGUCCAUGGGCUUUAUCGAGAACGGUACGCUUAUCGCGAUAACAUGACCGAUGUCAUUAUUCAGCAUCUUCUCACGGAUCAAAAGGUGCGGAUCAAGUGUCGAGAUCUAGUCAAGAAGAUUGCCAUCUACAAGCAUCGCUUGGCCGUGCAAUUAGCCGAGCGAAUCGUCAUCUACGAGUUGUAUUCAGGCGAUAUGUCAGACAUGCAUUACCGAGUCAAGGAGAAGAUCAAUCAGAAGAUUGAAUGCAAUCUGCUGGUGAUAUGUACCAAUCAUUUGAUCCUUUGUCAAGAGAAACGACUCCAGUGUCUCAAUUUCCGCGGAGCCAAAGAACGUGAGUGGAUCAUGGAAUCCCUGAUUCGAUACAUCAAAGUGGUCGGAGGACCCCCGGAACGUGAGGGACUCUUAUUGGGACUUAAGAAUGGCCAGAUCCUGAAGAUUUUCAUUGACAACCCGUUCCCUGUCAAUUUGCUCACCAUCAACUCGGCCAUCCGAUGCCUCGACUUGUCCUCUUCUCGAAAAAAAUUGGCCAUUGUCGAUGAGCACUCGACUUGCUUGGUGUACGAUCUCACAACCAAAGAGCUCAUGUACCAAGAACCCAACGCUAACUCGGUGGCCUGGAACACUCAUUUCGAGGACAUGCUUUGUUUCUCGGGAUCUAAUACCUUAAGCAUAAAGGCCGGGGAGUUCCCAGCUCAUCAGCAGAAGAUGAUGGGCUUUGUCGUUGGCUUCUCUGGCUCAAAGAUCUUUUGCCUUCACGUCUAUAGCAUGACAACCAUUGAAGUCCCCCUGUCGUCGCCAAUGUUCCAAUACUUGGAGAAAAAAGAUCUUGACUUGGCUUAUGAAACAGCUUGUCUUGGAGUGACUGAGAAUGAUUGGGAAGCAUUGGGCAAGUCUGCUCUACUCACUCUGAACACUGAUAUCGCCAAAAAGUCAUUCACGCGUUUGAAAGAUUUAAAGUAUUUGGAGCUCAUCUACGAUAUCGAGAACAAGAAGACAAAUCAAAAUGAGCAAGAGAGUGCUCUAUUGGCUGAUUUGCUCGCUUUCCAAGGGAAAUUUUCCGAGGCAGCAAAACUGUACAAAAAAGCGGGUCAGGAGCAGAAGGCCUUAACUAUGUACACGGACUUGAGGAUGUUCGACCAUGCCAAUGAGUUUUUGGGCUCCGAGGAUUCUGCGGAAAGAAGACUCUUGAUCAAAAAGAAGGCAGAUUGGGCGGCCAAAAUCAAUGAACCACGGGCUGCGGCCGAGAUGUACCUCUCAGCCGGUGAAACAGACAAGGCUAUUCAUAUCAUCGGCGAGCACGGAUGGGUGGAUAUGUUAAAUGACGUGGGCCGAAAACUGGACAAAGCCGACACUGAAUCCGUCCAAUUGGUUGCUCAUUAUCUCAAGAAACACGGCCAACUGCAAUACGCCAAGGAUAUGUACAAGAAAAUUGGCGAUUUUCAAGCCAUGGUCCAAAUCUUUGUAGAGGCCAAGGAAUGGAAAGAAGCCUUCGUAUUGGCGGAGAAGAAUCCCGAGUACAAAGAACAAGUCUAUGUGCCCUAUGCCAAAUGGUUGGCUGAACAAGAUCGGUUUGUCGAGGCCCAAAAAGCCUUUCACAUGGCUGGGAGGCCGGAUGAAGCGUUUAGGGUUCUCAAUGAACUCACUCUGAAUGCCGUGAAUGAAUCGAGGUUUGACGAUGCUGCUUAUUACUAUUGGAUACUGUCCUUGCAGUUUGCGGAUCUCGCCAAGGAUGCGAACCAAAAGGAUGCCAUGAUUGAGAAAUUUCAAGAAUUUCAGACCAAAGCCAAUAUGUACUAUGCAUACCACACCAUUCAGCGAUACACGGAUGAACCAUUCACAAGCUACAUGCCAGAAGCGUUGUUUAACAUUUCUCGAUAUCUAAUGCACGAACUUCUGUUUAACCAUCCACAAGGCGUAUCCAAGUUCUCGGUUUUAUAUGCUCUGGCCAAGCAAUCCCGAAACUUGGGUGCCUUCAAAUUGGCGCGCUCGGUAAUGGAGAAGAUCCAAAAGCUUGUCAUCCCAAAGCGAUUCCGGGAGAAUGUUGACCUGGCCGCCAUGAUGAUCCGCUCCAAGCCUUUCUAUGACAACGAAGAACUCUUGUCCAUGUGUUAUCGAUGUUCAACCACCAACCCACUGUUCAACCCGAAAGGCAAUCGGUGCAACAACUGUGGAUUGAAAUUCGUCUACUCCUUCGUCUCGUUCGAGAUCCUCCCUUUGGUUGAGUUUCAGCUCGAUGAAGGCAUAUCUGAUCAGGAAGCCAUGGCAUUGAUUGAAUCGUCCGUGUCACCCAACGACUUAAACGCAGGACCCGAAGAUGGACCCGAUGUCAUGACAAUGGAAGCCAACGAAGAUGAUCCAUUUUCCGGCAAAAUGUUAGCAUUUCAACAAGACGGGGAAAUGUUCUCCUCGGUGAUUGUUAACCGAAAAGCACUCUCGUCUAUGGAACCGGGUGAUGUGAUAGUCUUCAAAUGGGACAAGCCCAUUCGUUAUCAGUUCUUUCGGAACAUCAUGCCGGAAAUGUCCAUUACCAAGUGCGAAACGUGCAACCGAGUAUUCCAUACGGACGAUUACGAGCUUCAAUUGCUUCAGAAAGGGCAUUGCCCAUUUUGUCGGGCUAAUGCUCAUUUCAACCAAACAGAUGACGAUGCCACCAUUAACGGAUUAGAUGAUUAGUUUUCAUAACGUAGAUUUUACGGUCUUUUUUAGA